GACACAGCUGCAGGUCUCCAGGUGAUCGCUGUUCCUCCUCCCAGCCAGCAGGGGGCGACAGAGCAGCUCGGAGACAAACAGCCGUCCAGUGUUUACAUGUAGCCUGUGAGCUAGCUUUAGCUUUAGCUUUCGCUGAGAGAUUGUGGUCGCAGCUGGUCCAGGGUCAGCUGGUCCGGGCUCCAGCAUGGUCAGACAGCAGCGCAGAGCAGACAGGUGUUUUGUACCUGCUGCAGUGAACAGAGUGACGCGGGUUCGAUUCCCUAUUGGCCCCAUACAUUGCAGACCGCCUCUGACUCAUCAGGUUUCAGGCAGGAAGUGGGCGGGAUCAGCGACUGGAAGCUCUGACAGCUGGCCGAGCAGCAGCUCCAACACCACAGAAGAAGGUGGAGGAGACCCGGGACCUGACGGAGGUUCAGGAGAGACGAAGAGGGCAAGACUGGACGGGACUGCCGAUCCUGCAGCUCCAACCAAUAGAGAGAGAGUCCCGGGGUCAUGUGGUCAACCAGGAAGUGAGAGCUGCUCCACAGGAAGUGUGUGUAAUCUGUCCAGACCUCCUCCAGACCAGCAGGGGGCAGCAGAGCUGAGCGAGGACAGCAGAGCAACUGAGCUGCAGAGCGUGGCGUCUCUGAAGGUCACCAUCCAGCAGAGCAGUGAGAGCAGAGAGUUUGGACAGACAGACAGGACGGCCGACAGACAGACAGGUGGACUCCACUGUCAUGUCUGUAACCUCACCUGUCGCUCUGUGCAGGUGUUUCAGGAGCACAUGUCAGGACCAGAACACCUGAGGAGACUGAAGGACAUCACACAGUCCAUCUGCCUCGACACACACACACUGCAGGACGGGAGGCGUCGCCCUGAUACACAACGCUGGUGUGACACCUGUCAGACUCACUUCAGUGGUGAUGUCAUCAUCCAUCGACGGACCAAACAGCACAAGAUGUGUAAGCAGCUGUGUCGUCCCUUCUGUCCGGUGUGUAAACGUCACUUCAGGACUCCCAGGAAGUUUGUGGAGCACAUGAAGUCAGCAGAGCACAAGCAGCAGGUGCACCUGCAGGAGGCGCAGGAGGAGGAGCUGAUCACAGUGGACGCUGUCGGCUGCUUUGAGGGAGAGGAGGACGAGGUUGAGGACGAGGAGGAAGAAGAAGAGGUGGAAGUAGCUGAUGAAGAGGAAGAGGGUGGUGUAAGAAAAGAGGAAGCGGAAGAAAAAGAGUUGGAGACAGCUGACACACAGGAAACACACAGGGAGGACUAUGACCCCCAGACCACAUAUGGAAGUCGUUUUGUAGUUCCUGUUUCUGGCUUUCUGUGUCGACUUUGUAACAAGUUCUUCUACAGAGAGACGACAGCACGACACACACACUGCAGGACACAGACACACUACCUGAACCUGCAGAGUCACAGAGCUGCUCAGACGAGAAGUGAAGAUCUGACCUGACCUGUUGUCCCACAAUGCACCUGUGUGUCCAGGUGAUGGACUGGUGAUGACAUCAUCCUGCUGUACUUCCUGUUCUCCACAGAAUUUUAACGUAACAGCUGACCUGUUCACAACAGUGAUGUGAACAGUGAACAGGUGAAUACAGGUGAGGAUCAGAACGACCCCUGCUGGCUGUCAGGUGACCUGCAGCUGACGUCACAGUUGAAUGUUCAUUAAAGGGUCAGUCUGGUGUUUUUCUGUCUUUUAUCUUCUCAGUCGCCCUGAAGAGACGAUAAGUUAAUAAACAUUGUUUAUUCCUACAUGUCACUUUUUGAUGGAUUGUUUUUGUUUUCCCUCAUAGAAAAAUGACACAUUUCUUCAAAGCAGACUUGAUGUCCUGUUUUUCAAAUGUAAUAUUAAUAAAAUAUUUACAAAAAUAA